ACGGAAUUACAUACAUCCCAUUUUGCAUCUAAUUUAAUAAGUCAGAAGACCUCAUGCUGAGAGCUGUAAUAACUGAAUCUCCGUGCCUGUCUCAGUUAUGAUGAGAUGGAAAGCAUUCCCGGCUCUGCUGAAACUAUAGAUAAUGUACGUGAGUUGUUUGCUACGGAGUCGGUAUAAAAGAACGCAGCUAUGGUAUAGCAAGCAGUUUGCAGACGUUUUAAAACUACAAGAAGACUUCACUCCUAUUGCAAGAGAAGAGGGCCUCGCUCAUCGAAGGAAAUAUUUAUCUCCAACCGUGUUAAAUAAAAUGAUGUCAACCUCCCUUCAAGUGGUGUUAGUACUUGUUGUCUUUACUAUCUUGCCGAUUUCUAUCUCGGGAAAUCCCGUUUGGGAGAGGCAGAGAGGCAAAAAGAGGGUCGUAGACUACAAUGUUCACAUAAGCGAGUCAGGAGUGAAGUACACUGAGAGAAUUGAGGUGGAUCAAAACAAGAACACGGAAUUGUUCCAAGUUCCCGCCCAUCCUGGUGUUGAUCGUGGCGACAUCCUGCAUGAUUUUAACAAAAAUUUGACGAUACUGCGAUCCCCAGAACAGAAUACCUGCUACCUGUUCCCUCUCGCAACGGAGCAGACGACUCCUGAAAAGUUGUUGAGGGAUCUUGAUAAAGCAAGUGGGGUGGUUGUGACAGAGAGCAAGCGGGUUGAUAGCACUUGGAUUCUUGACGGCCAGCUAACCGACCGGUCCACACUCAGCGAGGAGUUAGCGCAUUUUUGUGCUAAAUACUCCAUAUACCAUGUAAAAAAGACCCAAGAUUCCCUUAGUGCAACAAGAGUCCAAGCAGAAGGAAGCCAUACGAUCCGAAAGAGGCGGACUAAAAACAUAAACAAACUGUGUCCCGGAGGUAUGGAUAUUGAGACUGCGUCCUUCACCUGUUCUGAUUGGCCGCGAUUUAAGUGCCGAGUUCAAACGAGAACAUGUUACAAGUAUGUGAUUUGCAGUGAUGAAGAUGAAGUGAUCGACUUAAGACCUCAAUCGCGAAUAAUGCAGUUUGAACCUCCCCGAGAAGUUAGUUGCCGUAAAGAGCACAUCUAUCGUGCAAUCGUGUGUUGCGAAUACAGUUGUAAUAAUAAUAAUAAUUAAUAUCUUCUGCUAUCUAACUGAUAACAUUUUUUACGCGGAAUUAGUCCUAGAACAUCUAAACGUUCAAUGGUAUUUACUUAUUUAUUACUAAUACCCACCAAGACCAGCUAAUGCCAUAUGCGGGUUGUGUAAAUUGGCUUUUAAUGUUCCAUGAAAUAAAAAUAAAACAGUAACAAGUAAACAGUUCUUUUCUUUUACUAAUACUACAAUUAUUAGAGUGAUACGUAUCUUGAACAGUUUGGAUCAACAAGCGUUUCGUUUUUGUCAUGUGAGCGAUAUUUGAUUGAAAUAAACUAUAUUAUGUUUUUGAGAAGAAUAGAGUAACUUUGUCUGAAUGCAAAUUACUUGAAGAUGUCGACGACAUUUUGUUUGGAACAAGUCAUUAUUUAUGGCCUGGGAGGUGGUGGAAGAUUAUUUGAGGAGGGGGACUCACGUGAUUUGUAGAAGGAACAGAGGGGGAAUAGUCGUCGCCAACAGAGAAACAGGGUAGAAAGGUAGGGGGAGGACUAUAGAACGGUUGACUGCAA